AUGGCCUCGUCGGCCGACGCGUCGUCUAUCGAGGAAAUCGUAGACGAUAUCCAACUCCACGAAGUGAUCCUACAAAGUUUAGAAGAAGAACGACCGGAUGCAGUGGAAGACAGGCAAGAAAUCUUGGACACCAUCAAAGCCUUGGAAGCGCGACUACGGCAGCUGGGAGGCCAUCCCGCUGGGACCCGGUCCACUCAUCCUCCAUUUGUCCCGCGAGGGCUUACAGCCAACUCCAGCCUACCCUUCGCCCAGCUAGAUGGCGCCCCUCAUUCGGCUUGGGGUAUUCGUAAGCCUCCCCAGGCGAGUUCGUCUUCAUCUUCAGAGGCUUCGCGCUUCCGAUCUCAAAAGCGUCGGCAUGCCGAUUACGAUAACGAUGGCGAUGGCGAUGUUUAUGAAGACGACGAUGAAGGUGAGGACUCAGAUGGUCUGGAGGCCCCGCUUAGACAAUCGUCUGGACGUAAUAAGCGACCGUGUCCUUCUGGCACUCAUUAUGCGUCCCAAAACAGUAUCCCCGACAUUGAUCCAGAGGACAAUGACAUGAUAUGCGAGGCUUUGGGCCUCAACAUAGAACAUACCAUGCAAGAUGUACAUGCAGAGCAUAUGAGAGCAGAGAGACUCAUUGCGCAAUGUCAGGAACAAAAGCGCCGUGACGCUGAAUAUGCUCGCCGACUCAACGGCUACGUCGAUACGCCGCCCCAGUCGUCGUCCUCGCGAAGUAGUAUUUCUCACUCCUCGAGGUCCAGUAUGCUUGCACCUGGGGCUCCAGAGGAAGGGAGAAGGGCAGUGGCUCGGUGGGAAGAACGCCGGACCCAGGAGCUUCGUGAAGCUGAACAUGCUCGCCAAGUCAAUGGCUACCUCCUUACGCCGUCCCAGCCGUUAUCCGCGCAAAGUACCACUUCUCACUCCUCGAGGUCCACUAUGGCCACACUUGGAGCUACUUCUUCGUCCGCUAGGCCAGUUGUAGGUGGUAUGCACCGUUACCCCCAUGUUCGAACCCGGCCUACGGCAUCACCUUCUUCCUACUCGCAGAUCGGCGAUCGCUCGACUGUCUACAGCAGACCAGUAGCCCAGCCUUUGCGUGAUGGCGAUGAUAGUGAUGUCACAGAGAUUACUUCGGAUGAUUUUCAACGUCACGUCCAGAACUCCCCCGCUCGUCGGCAACGUCCUCCAACGAGCCGGAGUCACCCCUGGUCCCCUCGAGUAUCACAUGGACCUGAUUACCAUUUUCCACAAUCUGCCUCAAAGGCGCUCUAUAUCUCACCAUAUUCGUCCAGUGGUAUUGGAAGACCUGGGCCUGCUUUUGGACCUCAUGUGAUGUCCAAUACAAUGGCAAGGCUCAAUGCAGGCAGGGAUAUGCUACAGCAAGCAGGAAGGGUCAUCUUGGGUAGCCAGCCCACGUCUGCAAGCAGCAGUUCAUACCUCGAUCUCGAUCCAGAUGAUUUCCCAGGCCCGGGGGGCUACGGUAUGGCCAUGGAUUACCUAAGUGAUUAUUAUGGCCCCUCUGAGGACCCCAAAAAAACAGAAGACGAGCUCCAGAAACUGCUCGAAGUCAUCCGGCCGGACUCUGAGAUCUCUUUGGAAAAUCGUGAGGGGACGCCCGAGGCUCUCAGGUACACGCUCAUGGAGCAUCAGAAACUGGGGCUGUCUUGGAUGAAGUCGAUGGAAGAGGGCGAGAAUAAAGGUGGUAUUCUUGCGGAUGCCAUGGGCCUUGGGAAAACCAUCCAGGCCAUUGCUCUUAUAGUGUCCCGGCCAUCGACGGAUCUCGAGCGAAAACCAACGCUGAUAGUUGCCCCAGUUGCCUUGGUGCAGCAAUGGAAGCGAGAGAUCGAAAAGGUGGUCAGGCCUGGGAGACAUCAGCUUUCGGUCUACGUACUUCAUGGCGAUAAGCGAUCCCGAAACUUCCGAGAUUUGAAGCGGUACAAUGUGGUCAUCACCACCUUCGGGACCCUGUCGUCGGAAUUGAAACGAAAGCAAAAGAACGAGGAGUUAGAGAAGCGCGAUCCUACCCUGGCCAAGCAAUACAUGAAAGACCUUCCUUGUCUGGGGUCGGGCAGUACAUGGCAUCGUGUCAUCAUUGACGAAGCACAAUUCAUCAAGAACCGAAAUGCGAAAUCUGCAAUUGCAUGCUGUCAGCUCAAUACCACCUACCGUUGGUGCAUGACAGGGACUCCGAUGAUGAAUAAUGUCGAAGAGUUACACUCGCUGCUCAAGUUUCUACGCAUUCGCCCUUACAACAAUCUGGAAACAUUCAAUCGGGAUUUUACUCGUCCACUGAAGAACGCUGGUUCCGGCGCCGCGCGUGAGAAGACAAUGCUGCAACUCCAAGUUUUGCUGAAGGCGGUCCUUUUGCGACGAACCAAAACCUCAACAAUAGACGGUAAACCGAUUCUACAACUGCCACCUAAGACCACGGACAUCGUGCAUGCUGUUUUCAGUGAGGAAGAGCAGAAGUUCUACAAGGCAUUGGAGGACCGCAGUCAAGCUGAGGUCCAUAGAUACCUCGAGAGAGGCAAUCUAGGGCGCAACUAUUCCAAUAUCCUUGUGCUGCUUCUUCGGCUCCGACAAGCAUGCUGUCACCCUCACCUCAUCAAGGAGUUUGGCGCCGACGUCGCUACCAUCGCUACCACGGAGGAGGACACGGAUCUCAUCAUGAAUGCGAAAGCAUUUAGCGCCGACGUUGUUACCCGGAUCAAGAACAACGAAGAUUAUGAGUGCCCUAUCUGCAUUGAUGCUGUCGAAAACCCUCUGAUAUUCUUCCCUUGCGGCCACGGAACUUGCGCAGAAUGUUUCUCAGGACUUUCCGACCCAAACGUGGCUUUAAGGAAUGGACAGGAAGUAUCCGAUGCCAAGUGUCCCAACUGUCGCGCCAAGAUUGAUCCCAAAAAGAUCACGGAUUAUCGGUCUUUCGCAAAGGUGCAUUUUCCCACUCCGUCAGAUGAAACAAGCACGGCAUAUCCAACGGAGGAUGACGAUGCCGAUGAGAGUAACAGCGACAGCGACGACGACAGCGAUGAUGAUAGCGACGAUAGCGACGAUAGCGACGAUGCCGGAAGUUUGUCUCGAUUCAUUGUCAACGAUGAUGCCGACGAUGAAGACUUUACGCCCAAGGCCAAGGGGAAGGGGAAGGCCAAGGCGAGGGGCGGGAUUAAGGGCAAGGGUAAAGAAAAAGCGUCGAAGACAAAGAGUUCCCUUGCACAGCUCAAGAAGGAAGGUUCAAAGAAUAAGAAAGCAAAGUCCAAGUACCUGCGUCGUCUGGAAAAGAUCUGGGUCCCAAGCGCCAAGCUCGACAAGACCAUGGAGAUCUUGCGAGACACUCAGAACCGUGAAGGGAACGAGAAAACAAUUAUCUUCAGUCAGUUCACGUCUUUGCUCGACUUGCUUGAAAUCCCCAUCUCUCGCGCGGGAUGGCAGUAUCGGCGCUACGACGGAACCAUGAAGGUGCCUGAUCGUACUGCGUCUGUGCUGGACUUCACAGAAGACCCGGACUGCCGCAUCCUAUUGGUUUCGCUGAAAGCUGGAAACGCAGGCUUGAAUCUUGUUGCUGCAUCGCAGGUGAUCAUCUACGACCCGUUCUGGAACCCCUAUGUGGAAGAGCAGGCAGUCGACCGAGCUCACCGCAUUGGACAGAUCCGCCCUGUACAGGUUCACCGCAUCGUGGUGAAGGAUACCGUCGAAGACCGAAUUCUCGAGUUGCAGGAUCAAAAGCGGGAGCUUGUCGAGGGUGCUUUGGACGAAAAGGCCUCGAAGGAUGUCGGCAGAUUGGGAGUCCGCGAACUCCGUUUCCUUUUCAAUAUUCGCUCUUGA